GGCCUCGCGGAGAGGAUGUGGCUGGUAUAAAAGCCCCACCCGGGCCAGCAGGUCCUGCUCGCCAUCUGGGGACGCUCGCAGUGCUAGGCGCCCGGCCCAGCUUUUUUUCAAAAUGUCCACUGUCCACGAAAUUCUUAGCAAACUCAGCUUGGAGGGUGAUCACUCCACACCCCCAAGUGCCUAUGGGUCGGUCAAAGCCUAUACCAACUUUGAUGCCGAAAGAGACGCUCUGAACAUCGAGACAGCUGUGAAGACCAAAGGUGUAGAUGAGGUCACCAUUGUCAAUAUUCUGACCAACCGCAGCAAUGCCCAGAGACAGGACAUCGCCUUUGCCUACCAGAGAAGGACCAAAAAGGAACUUCCGGCAGCGCUGAAGUCAGCCUUAUCUGGCCACCUGGAGACGGUGAUUUUGGGCCUAUUGAAGACACCUGCUCAGUACGAUGCUUCGGAACUGAAAGCCUCCAUGAAGGGCCUGGGGACUGACGAGGAGUCUCUCAUUGAGAUCAUCUGCUCAAGAACCAACCAGGAGCUGCAGGAGAUUAACAGAGUCUACAAGGAAAUGUACAAGACCGACCUGGAGAAGGACAUCAUUUCCGACACAUCUGGUGACUUCCGGAAGCUGAUGGUUGCCCUAGCGAAGGGCAGAAGAGCAGAGGAAGGCUCAGUCAUUGACUAUGAACUCAUUGACCAGGAUGCCCGGGAACUGUAUGAUGCUGGAGUGAAGAGGAAAGGGACCGAUGUCCCCAAGUGGAUCAGCAUCAUGACCGAACGCAGCGUGUGCCACCUCCAGAAAGUGUUUGAAAGGUACCGGAGCUACAGCCCUUACGACAUGCUGGAGAGCAUCAAGAAGGAGGUCAAAGGAGACCUGGAAAAUGCCUUCCUGAACCUGGUCCAGUGCAUACAGAACAAACCCCUGUAUUUUGCUGACCGGCUAUAUGACUCCAUGAAGGGCAAGGGGACACGUGACAAAACUCUGAUCAGAAUCAUGGUCUCCCGAAGUGAAGUGGAUAUGCUGAAAAUCAGAUCUGAAUUCAAGAAGAAGUACGGCAAGUCCCUGUACUACUUCAUCCAGCAAGACACCAAAGGUGACUACCAGAAGGCACUGCUGUACCUGUGUGGUGGAGAUGACUGAAGCGCCUGCAUCCAGGAGUAGAGCUGCCUGCGCCCUACCUAACAUUUUAGAGAAUCAGAUCGCAACUAACAGACCCCUGUGCUCCUCCCUGUUAAGACGACAUCAGAGUUGUAGCCCUUCCCCUCAUUUUAGUUGCCUUAGUUACCUGACUUUCCCUUCCUCUGUCCUUUAAGCCAAAGAAAUGAACAUUCCAGGGAGUUGGAAGCAAAGUCUGUGAUGUGAAACACUCUGCCUCCUGUGUACUGUGUCGUGAAUAAACCGUUUUUACUUUAGAAACAAA